AUGAACACAAGCAAGAGUGAGACAGUGAAAGAGCACCCAUUGAAACCCUCCAGAAGAUCUAUGCCAUGCCUAGCCCAGAGCCAAACACAUCCUCAGAGUCUGAGCAAGCAUUCCUCAUUUCUGCAGCCAAAUUGUGUGCAGCCACAGCCCCUCAGUGCAGGGACAUCUACAGCUACAGUGGAUGUCGUGUCAGAAAGAGCUAAAGUGGUGGAAACUUUGGAAAACAACUUGCUUAAGCUGUCUAGUACAGAAUACACUGAUCCAUUUUUAGAGGUAGGAAAGGACAAAGACACAUACACAGAUGAUUCAGAACAUGGACGUUAUGAUACUCGUACAGAUCAGUCAUUGCUUAUUCAAAACAAGCUUGCAAGACAGAAAACAGAGUCUCGGACUAAAUCAUCUUUAAAGGCUGAUCCCAUGGCAUCAUCAGGGCUCUUCUUCAAAGAUGGCAAAAAACGUAUUGAUUACAUCUUGGUCUACAAAAAAUCAAGUCCACAGGUAGAAAAAAGAAGCACAUUUGAGAAGAAUUUGAGAGCAGAAGGGUUGAUGUUAGAACGAGAGCCAGCUGUUACAAACAGUGAUAUCAUGUUUGUUAAAAUUCACUGUCCAUGGGAGACAUUGUGCAAAUACGCAGAAAGAAUGAACAUCAGGAUGCCUUUCAGGAAAAAAUGUUAUUACACUGACUGGAGGAGCAAAACCAUGGGCAGUUUGCAGAGAAAUAUGAGAGAGCUGAAAAGUUGGUUGCCCAGAAAUCCAAUGAAGCUUGAUAAGGAGGCCCUGCCUGAUCUGGAAGAAACAGAUUGCUACACAGCACCCUUCAGCCGCGCCCGCAUCCACCAUUUUACGAUAAACAACAAAGACAGCUUCUUCAGCAAUUCCACAAGAAGCAGAAUUGUGCAUCACAUGCUACAGAGAACUAAGUAUGAAGAUGGAAAAUCCAAAAUGGGUAUUAAUAGAUUACUAAAUAAUGGAACAUAUGAAGCGGCAUUUCCACCACAUGAGGGAAGCCACAAAAGCAGACAUCCCAUCAAAACACAUGGAGCUCAGAAUCACAGACACCUCUUAUAUGAGCGCUGGGCACGGUGGGGAAUGUGGUACAAAUACCAACCUCUUGAUUUAAUCAGCAAAGAGAUCUGCGAGGCCAAUGAAACCAUCAUGUGCCCUAUGUGUGAACGCAAUUGCACGCUACAAAAACUCAAUGAAAGCUGCAUAUAUGCCAAGGUUACACAUUUGUUUGAUAAUGGAGGGACUGUCUUCUUUGCUAUUUUCAUGGCUAUUUGGGCUACAGUCUUUCUAGAGUUUUGGAAAAGAAGGAGAGCUGUAUUAACUUAUGACUGGGACCUCAUAGACUGGGAAGAUGAAGAGGAAGAGCUGCGCCCCCAGUUUGAAGCUAAAUAUUCCCAAGUGGAAAGAGUUAACCCAAUCACAGGAAAACCUGAACCUUUUCAGCCUUUCCCUGAUAAGCUCAGUCGACUGAUGGUGUCUGUCUCAGGAAUAUUCUUCAUGAUUUCACUGGUCCUCACUGCAGUGUUUGCAGUGGUUGUGUAUCGUCUGGUAGCCAUGGAACAGUUUGCCUCUUUCAAGUGGUAUUUCAUCAAGAAGUACUGGCAGUUUGCAACAUCUGGCACUGGAGUCUGUAUCAAUUUUAUGAUCAUCAUGUCACUCAAUGUUGUCUAUGAAAAGGUUGCCUAUCUCCUGACAGACUUAGAGCAUCCUAGAACAGAAUCUGAAUGGGAAAACAGUUUUGCUUUGAAAAUGUUCCUCUUCCAGUUUGUCAACUUGAACAGCUCCAUCUUUUACAUUGCCUUUUUUCUUGGCAGGUUUGCAGGCCGCCCAGGAAAGUACAACAAGCUUUUUAACAGAUGGAGACUGGAAGAGUGUCAUCCCAGUGGCUGCUUGAUAGAUCUGUGUCUGCAGAUGGGAGUUAUUAUGGUUUUGAAACAAAUGUGGAACAACUUCAUGGAGCUAGGUUAUCCUUUGUUACAGAAUUGGUGGUCACGACGGAAAAUGAAGAGAAGUGGGCAAUUAAUGGAGCAUAAAAUUUCUCUACCUCAGUGGGAAAAAGAUUGGAAUCUGCAGCCUAUGAAUCUCCAUGGUUUAAUGGAUGAAUACUUAGAGAUGGUUUUGCAGUUUGGCUUUACCACCAUCUUCGUUGCUGCCUUCCCACUGGCACCACUCCUGGCAUUGCUUAACAAUAUCAUAGAAAUAAGGUUAGACGCCUACAAGUUUGUCACCCAGUGGCGAAGACCUAUGCCUGCAAGAGCAACAGAUAUAGGUAUCUGGUAUGGGAUUCUGGAAGGAAUUGGAGUUCUGGCUGUUAUCACCAAUGCCUUUGUCAUUGCCAUUACUUCUGAUUACAUUCCACGUUUUGUCUAUGCAUACAAAUAUGGUCCCUGUACAGAUCAAGGGUACAGACAAGAGAAAUGCUUGAAAGGAUAUGUCAAUAGCAGUUUGUCAGUAUUUGAUCUGAGUGAACUUGGGAUGGGAUACUCAGGAUACUGCCGGUACAGAGAUUACAGAGCCCCACCAUGGAGUUCAACUCCGUAUGAAUUCACUCUGCAGUUCUGGCAUGUCCUGGCAGCACGGCUGGCCUUCAUCAUAGUAUUUGAGCACCUUGUUUUUGGAAUAAAGUCUUUUAUUGCCUACCUGAUUCCGGACAUACCUAAAGACUUGUGUGACAGAAUGAGGAGAGAGAAAUACUUAGUCCAGGAAAUGAUGUAUGAGGCUGAACUGGAGCAUUUGCAGAGAGAAAGGAAAAAGAAUGGGAAACAGUAUCACCAUGAAUGGCCUUAG